AUGACAGGAGGGAAUGUGGAGGGCGAUGAUGGCGGCGGGAGCAGUAAUGGGAGCAGUAAUGGCAGCCUUCUCUUCGAAGGGAAACAGUUCUGGUUGUCUCAGAACAUUCCUCAAAGGAGCAGAUUCAAAGAGCUGAUUGAGACUAAUGGUGGUACUGUAAGGCUUCAAGAGAAAGAUGCAGAUAUCAAAUUGGUGGAUCAUACAAGGAAGAAUCUGCCGUCCGACACAUACUCUUUCAAAUUUGUGGAAGACUCUGUCCGGAGAGGAGAACUGGCAGAUCUGGAAGCUUACAGAGCUGGACCUUCCGCACCCCGGCCAGUGGGAGCAACACAUAUCGCAACCAGAGCUCACAAGGUCGCAUAUUCACUACAAGAUGAUCAGCUGCUAUGGGACUGGCUGCAACCGUAUGAGAAAGACCCAAGAGCCCCAAUCAGUGGUAACCUGAUUUACAAACAAUUAGCGGAGCAGCAUCCGCGACAUACUUGGCAAUCUUACCGUGAUCGAUAUUUGAAGAGACUUCGUGGAAGAUCACGUCCUGGUGGCAUGCCGGAGUCCACGGGUCAGGCUCCUGCUCCGCCGGAGAGCACUACCAGACGGUCCCAGGCCCCUAGCACUGCCGCGGCAGAGUCGCAUGAGAGACGUUCUGAGAAGGCUCCUGAGGCUACAGGAAAGAUAGAAGCCAGAAAAAGAAAAAGAAGUCCUGAGGUCAGCGAAACAGACCGGAUCGAAGGGCAAGCGACACAUGAUCGACCAAAGAAAAAGGCAACACCGGCAACUCUCCCGGAAAGCAGCAUCUCUAUUACUCGUCAUAGAGUACUUGAGGAGCAUCCCACUCAUACCGAGCCACUCGUAACUACAGUAUCAAAACAUAUCGAUCAACAAAGGAAUGAAGAAUCAACACUAAGAGAUACAGGAGGUGCCACUGUGGUACACUCCCAAAGACCUCAACUGCCAACCGAGAAACCAGAUAGUAUCCCGGACAACUUCCUCUUAGAACUGCCGUUCUUUCCCUCAAGUCCGGAGUCUCAAGAGGAACCGUCUCAAGAGGAAGACAUCGACACAUGGAUCGAUGAUCGUUUGCGAACAGGCAAGGCAGAUAACGAGGAACAAGUGAUUGAGGCUCUACAGUGUACCAGCAUGGACCCACGCUUAGCCGACAAGGUUCUAGAAUACCUUGCUGCAGGAAAAGGUAUUCCUGAGAAUAUGCCUGGAGUUUGGACACCCGAAGAUGAUGAAUGUGUGGAAGUGGGCAACAGCCGCGCUGUCGAACGAGUCUUGAAGAAGCAUGGUUCAGAAGCCUUCGAGGCGCGAUGGAAUUAUCUUAGCAUGGCCAGGGCCGCUGGCCUUUCUGGAGGAGGUAUGGGCGAUUGA